CUGUCAACACAUAUGUACAUGUCAAAGCAGAGCGCCAUCACUAGCAAAAACUUCAUAUCAGACAGUGCAGCCAAGCAGAGUACAGAAAGACAAGAGAAGAAAAAAAACUAAGCAAAUUACACAGCGAUCGAACGACAGCGAAGAGAAAAUUCAUAAUUUGGUUGUUUUUUGUUGUUGUUGUGUGGUGUGUUAGCUGAACAUGUCGGAUCUGGACAGAUGGUUAGAAAUAUCACGGGAUUGUAAAUACCUGCCUGAAAAUGAUCUCAAACAGUUAUGUGAUUUAGUUUGUGAUUUACUGUUAGAGGAAUCAAAUAUCCAGCCUGUUAGUACACCAGUCACAGUAUGUGGAGAUAUCCACGGUCAGUUUUACGAUUUGGAAGAGCUGUUUCGAUGCGGCGGCCCGGUACCCGAUACAAACUAUAUAUUUAUGGGUGAUUUCGUUGAUCGUGGCUACUUUAGUUUAGAAACACUGACUCGACUUAUGACGCUGAAGGCACGGUACCCGGACAAAAUAACACUUUUACGAGGAAAUCAUGAAUCGAGACAAAUAACCAAGGUGUAUGGCUUCUAUGAUGAAUGUUUAAGCAAAUAUGGCAACGCAAAUGCAUGGAAAUAUUGUUGUCGUGUCUUUGAUUUAUUGACCAUUGCAGCCUUAAUUGACGAGGAUAUACUGUGUGUGCACGGUGGCUUAAGUCCCGAUAUUCGAACAUUAGAUCAAAUUCGGAUGAUUGAUCGUAAUCAAGAAAUUCCGUACAAAGGUGCCUUUUGUGAUUUGGUAUGGUCCGAUCCAGAGGAUGCGGUCGAUGCAUGGUCGCACAGUCCACGCGGUGCCGGUUGGCUUUUUGGUGCCCGUGUAACGCAAGAUUUUAUGGAAAUCAAUAAAUUGGAUUUGAUAUGUCGUGCCCAUCAAUUGGUGCACGAAGGCAUUAAGUACAUGUUUGAUUGUCAAUUGGUAACAGUAUGGUCGGCACCAAAUUACUGUUAUCGUUGUGGUAAUGUUGCAUCCAUCCUAAACUUCAAAACUUCCAAAGAACGCAAUCCAAUCAUAUUCAAAGCUGUGCCUGACAAUGAACGUGUUAUACCACAGCAACAAGUAACACCGUACUUUCUUUAAUGUACUUUUUUUUAUAAAUGUUGUCCAAGUUUAACUAAGACAUACCCCCCACACGAUUUUUUGAACGUUAAUUCCAAUGUGAAUUAGUUUCGAUCAAUGUUGGUUUCUCUUCUCUUUGUUAUAAUUGACGCCAAUCGGGCGCAUGUUUUAAAAGCGCUAUAGACCAACACAAACAAUGAGGAUGAAAUAAUUAUUGAUAGAGAAUGAAACAGAUUUAGAAAUUAGCGAAAAAUCAUCACCGACUAGGCUAGGAAUUUCAAUUUAAAUCGUUUUGUAAAACAAACUAGCUACUAAAUUAAUUCGGAAAAAUGAAUGUUUUAAUGAAAAAGAAAAAUGAACAAGAAUUAGAAACCAUAGAAGUAAAUAAAAGAAUCAUAUAUUGAAAUAUAGGGAACUUUUUUUUUCUUCUGAAUAGACUAAACUGAAAUUGCUCUUUAUUUAAAACAAAAAACCGAGACAUUUAACUUUAAGGUGCACAUGAAAGAGCAUAGUAAGAACAACAGCUAUCAAAAAUUAUUUGAAUGUAUACUGACUUUUUUCUAUUCAAUUAUCGAUAAAGAUUUUCAUGUUUUGUUUUUUUUUUUUAAUUUUCUAAGCAUUUUGUAACAAAUCUUGUUGUUAUUUUUUUGCCAAUACUUUUUCCUACACGCAAAAACAUUGUAUUUGUAAGCAUGUACAAAUUGAUUGCCAGCUCAACAUUGUUUUAUAAUAUAGAGAUUUUCUAUUUCCAAAAAAAAAAAUAUUGUAUCACCAGUUAACAAAAGUUACUGUAAAGUAAAACCAAUUUAGUAAAAAUGUUUUUUUUUCUUCGAGUUAAUUAUAUCAUUUUCAAUUAUUAUUCAAUAAAAAAGGACGAAAUACUCGGCGAAUGCUUAAUUUGAUACGUAUUUAAUGCAGAGAGACCACUGAUUAUUGCUGGUCUCACUUAAAUUGAACAAAAUGAAGUCACAUGAUUUAGUGGUAUUUUGCAAAUGGAUGAAAAUAUACGAAUUACAACAUAUCCAUGUGGAGAUUAAAAGAUUUUAUAGACAAAGAAAUCGAACAAAAGUAACGAGAUUUUUUAGAAGACAAUUUUUUUUAAAUAUUGCAUAUCCAAUGAGUGAAAUUGCAGCUACGAUGAUGACGAAAAAAAAGAGAAAGAGAAAAUAAAUGAGAAUGUUUUUGUAUUUCACGUCUAUUUAUAGGAAUGCAUUGAAUAAGCUUCACAUAGAUACUACCAAUGCUUCUCUCUUUUUUGUACUUUACUAUAAAUGUGUAUCUUUGUCGAACUGAAAAUAAAAAACACAACAACAAUAUACUGUGCAUUCGAAUAUGUGUCUAUGGGAAAAAAAUACAAUGAAAAAAAUGCACCCCCAGUAAUUAGUUUUUACUAUGCUCAUCACAUUUCGGCCAAAAUCUAUUUGUUUCCGAAAUGUUAACCUUGUGUAAAAAAAUGUUAAUAAAAGUAUCUAUGGUUAGCCAUGGACCAUGCCCAAUUUGUGUAAAAA